CGCACUGUCUCCAUCGGGUCUCACGACACCACCACCAGCACCACCAGCACUUGUACUCUUGACACUCAGUCCCUCCGUCCCUCCUUCCUCCCUCUUCCUGCUCUCCGCACCGCCGGUACCAGUACUACCACACAAACACCACCGAACACACUAGGACAAUGCCCCCUUCGCGCCGCGGCAGUGGCAGCAUCGUGCUGCCCUCGGGACAGACGAUGGCGAUGCAUACGAGGACGCAGGAUGAGGAGGGGUUGGUCCAUGCCACGAAGAAGACGAUGGCAGACCACCUGCGGAAGUACGAGAGUCUGUUCACACUGACGCCGCAGCGGAUGCGGAUGAUUGUCGAGGCGUUCCGAGAGACGCUUGAGGCGGGCCUAGAGAAGAAGGGGCAGAUCGUGCCCAUGAUACCCACGUACGUGUUUGGAUGGCCGACGGGCGAAGAGAAGGGCGACUUUCUGGCCCUCGACCUCGGCGGUACGAACCUGCGUGUGUGCCUCGUCACCCUGCAGGGCUCCGGCAAAUUCGAGAUCACGCAGAGCAAGUACCGGCUGACGGAGGAGCAGAAGCAGGACGACGGCCAGAAGUUGUUCGAUUUCUGCGCCGAGUGCCUGAAGACUUUCCUUGAGGCUGACGGGGGCGUGCAAAUUCCCGAGGGCGGCAAGCUUAGUUUGGGCUUCACGUUCUCCUACCCGUGCACCCAGGAGAGGAUCGACCACGGAGAGCUGAUCCGCUGGACCAAGGGCUUCGGCGCGCCGAAUACCGAGGGACACGAUGUUGCAGAGAUGUUCAGGAAGUCGCUGGAGAAGUAUGAGUUGCCGAUUGAGCUGACGGCGUUGAUCAACGACACCACUGGCACGCUCAUCGCGUCCCGAUAUGUCGACCCCAAGACUAAGAUUGCGGUCAUCUUCGGCACGGGGUGCAAUGCGGCAUACAUGGAGACAGUGGGCGACGUGCCCAAGAUCGGUGGGCUGGGAAUCGAGGCGGAGGCGCAGAUGGCGAUCAACUGUGAAUGGGGUGCGUUUGACUCGUUUGAGCAUGAACAUCUUCCUCGCACGAAAUUCGACGCAAUCGUCGACGACACGUCCAACAAACCGGGCGAGCAGGCGUUCGAAAAACUCAUCUCCGGCCGGUACCUCGGCGAGAUCAUGCGUCUGGUUCUCUGCGAGCUGAUCGACGAAGGAAUCCUUUUCCUUGGUCAAAACACGUACAAGCUCGAGGCGCCCUACGUGCUCGACACAGCAUUCCUCUCCCUGAUGGAGAUGGACCCGACCGACGAGCUGCUGAUGGUCAUCGGCAUCUUCUCGCAUUUCUUCGCGCUCGAGACCACGCUCGCCGAGCGACAGUUCUUCCGCGCUCUCGCGAAGCUCAUCGGACGCCGUGCGGCCAGACUGUCUGCGUGUGGAAUUGCCGCGAUCGUGACAAAGAUGGGAUACCUUGAGGGGGACUUGGAAAAUGGGGAGAAGUGUGUCGUUGGGGCGGAUGGCUCGUUGUAUAACAAAUACCCUGGCUUCGCAGACCGCGUUCACGAAGGCUUGCAAGAUGUCUUCGGCGACAAAGGCCGCAAUAUUGUCACGCAACACGCUGAAGAUGGCAGCGGUGUUGGCAGUGCGAUCAUCGCUGCGAUGACCAAGGCCAGAAGGGAGAAGGGGCUGUAUCCGAAUGUCUGAAGCAAAUCCAACUGCUGUGUUUGUCGUGUUUUCAAAUAGAUGAAUUGGCUCAACUGCCCCGUGGCCCAACUGGUUAAGGCGUUUGACUGUUAUGGUUCUGGAGUGAAAUUUUUUCAUGAGAAGAUCGAGAGUUCAAGUCUCUCCGGAGCAGCGUUCUAAGGAUAAUCAUCCACUAUGGCAGAUUUAUCCAUGAAAGCGAGACAAAGUAUUAGGGACUUUCCUGCUACCAUGCCUGAUUCAUCGUCAAAGUCGUUUUAUCUCAAUGACCAAGUGCACGAACAUCGGCGCAUCACUGUAUCGUACUUCACUGUAUGAACCAUAC